UGAUCACGCCUGAGAAGCGGGAUUGUUGUCAUCAUGCUGCCUCCUCUUCUUCUCCUGAUGCUGCUGCUGCUGCUGCCGGUAUGUUAGCCAUGUUUUGACCCUUUGUUAGUCACGAUGUGUGGGUGUCUACCUCACAAAAGCGACACGUGUGCGCCAGUUUUAUAUUACCUGAGAUAAGUUAGCGUUUAAGUGAGCUGUAGCAUAGCUCUCCUCACAGUAUGAAAAGCGUCUAAAAACCUCCUCCACCUGCAUCAUGACUGAAAGAGCCAGCAAAGACAAACUCAAGCAGCGUUUGUCACUGUCCAAAAGCAAGAAGAAAAGCAGUGUCAAACCUGCCGCCACAACAACAACAACAACUCCAAUCACCUCUUUCUUCAGCAGCCAGCCUCCGCCUAAGGUGGCCUGUCCUCUGUGUGGUCACUUCGUACCCAGAUUCAGGAUCAAUGAGCACAUUGAUUUGCAAUGUCAGAACUUUGAGAGAGGAGACAGCAAUGCAGCCUCAGCGAGUAAUAGUGUUGUGCCAAGCACCCAGCUGUCACCCAGGAGGGAUCCCCCAAAGUCCCCAGAGCUGGAUCCAAACAGGGACGAUGAUGAGGUCAAAGAGACCAAGACGAGUCCUUAUUUCAAAAAGAAUAACUCGCAGCAGGCACCACCACCACGGGAGAUAAACAGCACGCGUGUGGUCAGGACGAUUGAUCUGGGGAGUCUUUCCUCCAAGUUAUCUAGAAAAAGUCACAAGGAGCCGGAGAGGACACAGAUAGAGGAUAAACCGGAAAAGGAGAUAUAUUCUGAGGCACUCAGCAGCUCGCAGAAGGAAAAUCUUCUAAUUCAGAGUUCAGGAGACGACGAAGAUAUCGUGUCGCUCGUUGACCUGACAGCAUCCAGUGUGGACGCUCCAACAGCAGCAGAGAGAGAUCCGCCGUGUUCAGAUAAAGGACAUGAUCUUGAACACAAAGCAUCUAAAGCAUCGGGGACUGUACGAAAACUGGUCACACCCAAGCUGCAGUCGUCUUCCUCCAAAGUAGCCAAGAGAAGAAAAGAAACUGCUUCCACUGCUAAGGCGUAUGGCUUCAGAAAGAAAGCCAAACAUGAGGGGAGCAGCAGAGAAAGUAUAGCAGAGACAACUGAUUUAGACCAGCCUAAAACUCAGGUUCUUUCUACUACUACUACUACUACUACUGUUUGUGACCUCCCUCUGACUUCAGAGGAAACAUAUGAGAAAACGGCUGCAGUGAUCAAUAGAGAUUCACUGGCACCGUGUGGUGCUGAGAACACCACUAAUGACCAGCCUGCUGAGGGCUCUUAUCGCCCGUGGCUUCCCUACUACCUCCGUAACUUCCGGACCGUACUACAGGCUGUCCUUGAGAACGAGGACGACAGGGCGUUGUUCGACCAGCAUGAUAUGUCACUCAUACGUGCGUUUGAGAAGCUUUCAGUCAUGGGGCAGAAGCUCUAUGUGAGACUCUUUCAGAGGAAACUGAAGUGGCUCCAGGUAAAUAAACUGGAUUAUGAAGAGAUAUGCAGCGAUCUGGGACCUGUUGCUCAGGAGCUGGUUCAGGGUGGUUUUCUACAGUCAGAGAGUGACCUCCAGGAGUUAGGGGAGGCUCUGGAUCUUCUCCCUGCUCCUGAACUCAAAGCUCUGGCUAAGACUUUCCAUCUGGGCAACUCUGGGACUCAGAAACAGCAGCUAGUGGACGGACUUUUCCGUCUCAGCAAGCAAAAGUCCCUCUUCUCUAUGUCCUCUGCUCAAAACAACAUUGGGGCCGUCAUUCUCAAACGGGCAAAACAGCUCGCAGGUUCCUGUGUGCGCCUGUGUCGAGAUCCUCGAGCCGUCUUCUCUCGCAUCCUUCUACUGUUCUCUCUGACGGACACUAUGGACGAGGAGGAGAUGGCGGCUGGCGGGCAGAACCAGCUCUUCACCAUCCUGCUGGUCAACUCAGGACGUCUGGCUUUCCCAGAUUACACAGUACAGCGUACAGCUAAGGUGUUUCAGGACAGAGAGGAUCUUAUCAGAUAUGAAGCAUCCAUGCGAGCCCUGCAAGAGGUAGCCUCAGCUAUGCAGGGAGGUCAGUGGGAAGAAGCCAUGGAGCUUUAUACUGCUGCCAAAAGUGACUGGCAGGAGCUGAGGAAAAAUCAUGACCUGAGUUACCAGGAGGAGCUGCCAGUGUUCCUGCGCAGCUUCACAACAGGGUGGGCUUACAGUCGCAUCUUAUCCAGGGGGGUGGAGAUCUUGCAGAGGCUACGUCGCUAUGAGGAAGCCAUAGAAGAGCUGCGGUCUUUACUGUUGCAGUCCACUUACUGUCCUGACAGCCGAGGCCGGUGGUGGGAUAGACUAGCAUUAAACCUUCACCAGCACCUAAAAAAACCUGAGCAAGCUAUUUGUGCUAUCAGAGACGGGCUUUCAGACCCUCUAGUGCGAACUGGACAUAAGCUUUCUCUUCAUCAGAGAGCUGUUCGGAUGAAAGAGUCUGCCAGCCUCAAGAGGUAUCGCCUGCAACUAAAAGACCUGCCCACUAUCCAAGUCCAAGAUGUCAAACAUGUGACCAUCCGUGGACAGCUGUUCCCUCAUGAGGGGGGUAUGGGGAAAUCUAUGUUUCUUAUACCAACAAAUGGAGAAGGGGAAGAGAGUGCUAAUGCUACUGUAAUAGGCUCAGUGGAAGAGCUGUCAUUAGCACAUUACCACCAACAAGGCUUUGACCAAGGGAUUCAUGGAGAGGGCGCCACAUUCUCAACAUUAUUUGCUCUUCUGCUGUGGGACAUCAUUUUUAUGGAGGGUAUUCCGGAUGUUUUCAGAAAUCCAUACCAGACGUGUCCCCUGGAUCUUUACACCGACUGUUUCUAUGAGAACAGAAAAGAGGCGAUCGAUUCUCGCGUGCAGUUACUUAGCGAGGCAUCCGUGGAGACGCUACAUGACAUGCUGAAAGAUGUCUGGACCUGUCAGGAGGGUAAAGUGUGUUCAUUGGUCAGCUGGGAGCGUUUCUCAUCCCUUCAACAGGCACAGUCUCUUGUGUCAUGCUUGGGUGGAGCCUUCUUAGGAGGGGUCAUAGCACGAAUGUCAAAAGACUACAGACACUGCCGUGCAGGUCUGCCUGAUCUAGUGGUGUGGAACACGUCAAAUAACAGCUACAAGCUGGUAGAGGUGAAGGGGCCCAAUGACCGGCUGUCACAGAAGCAACAGAUCUGGCUGGAUGAGCUGCAGAAACUGGGUGCUGAUGUGGAAGUGUGUCAUGUCGUGGCUACUGGAGCCAGAGGAGCUCGUCUGGAAUAAACUGACAACGAUGAACUGACUGAUGAGACUUUGCUGCUAAUUAAUCAGAGUGAUGUCAAAAUAAUAAAGAUCAACAGACAGAAUCUCUGAACAAAAAUAUCUGGGUACUUUUCCUGCUUCUGGUCAUCAAGAACAGAUGAUCAAAACCUCAGUCUAUCUUCAACAUAUCACAAAUUUAAUCCUGUUUCAGUAUUGGGGAUGUCAUGGCAAGGAAUGUGCCUUGUGACAUGUACCGUUAUCGCCACGGAAACUGCUGCCUACAACAGGAAGAGGUGCAUUAUGGGAUGAAGAUCAUCACUGAGAACUGCCAGAACCCAAAAUAGCUUGCUUGCAGAUAAUCAGAGCUGAUGCAUGACAGGAUCCAAUAACCACGCCAAACUGAUGGUGUUUCCUUUUCUUUGGAAACACUAUAUUCACAGGAUCUCGGGUUGCCAAGCAACGGAAACUCACAUUUAGUUGGCUGCUUAUCAGUAUGACAACUCUACGGGUUUGUUGUGCAAGUAAUUACUGUAAUAAUAUGCCUAUAAAUAUACAGUUUUGCCUGUACUCUGACAGAAAAAAAACAUUAGCUUGGUACCAAGAAAGAAAUAAGUGAAAUUAAAUAAGGUGGCUUC